AUGCGCUUCGAGGGCGCGGAGCGGCGCGACGGGGCCUUCCACCCGCUGCUGCCGCGGCCCGACUACUCCGUGUCGGCGCUGCUGGCGGGCCUGCCGCCGCCGCCCUACCUGCCGGCCGCGCUGGCUGCAGCGCUGGCCGCGCCCUGUCCGCUGCUCAAGCCGCCGCCGCCGCCCUACGCGCCGCUGCCGCCCGACGACGACGGCGUCGUCGACGACCCCAAGGUCACGCUCGAGGGCAAGGACCUGUGGGAGAAGUUCCACAAGCUGGGCACCGAAAUGGUGAUCACCAAGAGUGGCAGACAGAUGUUCCCACAAAUGAAGUUCCGCGUGUCUGGAUUGGACGCGAAAGCGAAAUACAUUCUACUAUUGGACAUCGUAGCAGCAGAUGACUACAGAUAUAAGUUUCACAACAGUCGAUGGAUGGUUGCGGGAAAAGCAGACCCCGAAAUGCCGAAGAGGAUGUACAUCCACCCGGACUCUCCUUCCACGGGGGAGCAGUGGAUGCAGAAAGUCGUCUCCUUCCAUAAGCUGAAGCUGACGAACAAUAUUAGCGACAAGCAUGGAUUCGAGCUCAUCUAUAGCCAAAGCCAACGGAUGUUGUCCAAGUUGCUGUGGCCAAAUCCAACGCCUAGUGCGCCCAGAGAUCCCCACUCAGAUCAUUUGUGUGUAACGCAGACGAUCCUGAACUCCAUGCACAAGUAUCAGCCCCGGUUCCACCUGGUGAGAGCCAACGAUAUCCUGAAGCUGCCCUACUCAACCUUCAGGACCUACGUGUUCAAGGAGACGGAGUUCAUCGCUGUCACCGCAUAUCAGAAUGAAAAGAUAACUCAACUAAAGAUUGACAAUAAUCCCUUCGCGAAAGGAUUCCGGGACACAGGAGCGGGAAAGAGAGAGAAAAACCAAAAUAACACGAGUAGUUUGUCUGUGUACCGCAGGCAGGCGCUACUGACGGCCCGCUCGGAGACCAGGGACGAAGAUGACGAGCGGCCGCUAGACGUGGGGGGGCCCUCUAGUCCACCACCGCCCCCCACCACACAACACUCCAGCAGCUCCUGGUUUACAUCAAGCGGAGGCGGGGCGGAUUCCGGUCCUGAUGACGCUAACUCCGAUUCUUCGUGCUCCGGAGGUCCCCGCGCUCAAUCCCCCCCUCCUGGGCCUUCGAGGCCCUCGCCAGCCCCAGACGUCUCACUAGGGCCCCCAGUGCAACCACCAUUACUACCUUAUUUAUACCCUCCAUCGUUAUACCCGCCACCAUUCUUUCCCCCGCAUCAAAUGCCUCCAGGUUUGCUGUUCAACUUGCACCCCCUCUUGCAGCAAUAUUCGCUGCCCCCACCUCCAGUGCCGCACGUGCCGGCUCCUUCACCGUCUCUGAGUAAGGCGCACAGGUUUGCACCUUAUGCUUUACCAGGGUUGGGGUCAGCAUUUGAACAAGUUGCUCCGAGAGCCAGAAGCCUUAGUUCUUCACCAGCGAGACCAAGAGUGGGAUCGCCGCCGACCAGAGCGGCGUCAGCGGAUCCACCUCCGGACGGUCCAACGUCGACGACCACCGCGACGAGUCCGCCGGCUUCCGAUCUCAAAAGCAUCGAACGAAUGGUGAACGGCCUUGACGUUGAAAACCAGGACUGACUCGCGACAGUGUGACAGCCGCGACUGUGUACAUAGAGUGUAUUUAUAUUUCCCUGUUGGGAUGUCGUUUUGUAUCGUUCCUAAUUUGUUUCGAGUUCGAUUCCGGUUGGACAAUGUAUAUAGCUAAGCACUGCUCGUUACGUUCGAUUGUGUCUCGCAUAUUUCAUUUACUCUUCACCUGGUUAUAACAAUUAAGUGAGGUUUAUGUUUCAUUUAAUAACACAUCUUCAUUACAAGAACAACUACACGGCGUUGGGUCAACAGACAUCAUUAUUGAAAAAUCAACCAAUUAUAUUUAGGGGUCUUUGGAAUUUUCAAAAUAAAAUACAAGACAAAAGAUUAAUAAAAUCUCUUUGAAAUUGCAAAUAGCAAAAGCUAAUCAAUAAAUUAGCCUCACCAUUAUCGAUUGGAAUACAAAGUCCCCAAAAAUAUUACGUUUUCGUUCUCACAUUAUGUUAAUUGUUUUCUCUAAUUAUAUCUGUAGCAUUAACAUGUAAGGUUCCUUCGAUUAUAUCUAUGAUUAUAAAUAUAAGUCUAUUGUCAAUUGUUAAAUAUAUUUUAACAGCCUGCAAUAAAUAUGACCAACUAAUACCACGAAAAUGUACCUUCACCCAAAAUACACAUUGUAAUUAUUUUUUUUAUUUUCAUUUAAGAUCAAAAUAAUUGUUUUGUAGUCGGUCUUCUACUAUUUAUUAAUUAAUAUUGAGUAAUGUAAUAUUAUUAUUUAUAUUAUAAUCAUAGAUUUAUCUACAGUUUCUUACUGCCGUCAAUAAACUGAAUGGUGUGUUAUUCGUGACGUCACAUCCGACCUUGUAGAUGGACAGUAUAGUGUUCACUUCACUUUAGGUUCACUGCAAUAAAUAAUAUAUAGUUAAUUUAUUCCACGAAAAGAUCUUUAUUUUUGCAUUGCCUUUGUUUGACUCAAGUAUUUCUCUAUUUCAAGAAAACGCAAUUCUCAUUUUUUUCAGAUUUACAAACAGAUUACUCGAUAAAGUAAAAUGAACUUUAUAACGAUUGCAUUUUAAGUCUUAAAUAAAGAUCUUUUCUAACAACCUCCAUUCCCACUAGAUUAUAAAAAUCGCUUUAUUUUGUAAAUACUUUUUAUAAGAUAUAUGUACGUCUCUAUAUUAUUCGACAUAUUUUAAAUAUGUUUUAUCAAUUGCGCUGUGAGGGACGUGUGUUUUUUCGGUGUUUAUCGAAAGUAUGUUGAAAAUGUAUCAUUUAUUCUAAAUUAAACUUGCAAUUUCUACUUGCUGUGAAUUUGGUAAUAAGGGUUGAGAUUUAUUUAUAAAUUCCGUUGCAAAUAAUCCUUUAACUUGUAUUAAUAUUAGUAUAUGUAUUUCUAUUGCUAAAUUUACAAUGUCAUCACAUUUAAGGAUAUUGAUGCUGUUAAGUUUUUUUAUGAAUUUUAUGACAAAAAUGUAUUAAAAUUCUCAACAAAAAAUAUUUCAUUGUUAGUAUUUCUAACAAUAAAUAAUGUAGGCAUAAUGUUUUAGAGAUUUUUACAACUUUAACUUGUACCAAGUUCAUAGCGACCAGAUAUUGUCGACAUAUACAUAGGUAAUACGUAAUAAUCGAGGCGUAACCUGAUUUUAAAUUGAACCAGUGUUUUUAAACGCACGUUAGCAAUUGAUGAAAAAUAAAUUUAAGUAAAAUUUGUAUUAUAUAGUCGAUAAAAUUGUAGUUAAAAUACAAAAAAUAUAUUAUAAAUAAAUAUAAUUUUCCAUGGAAUUCAUUAAAUUUAAGCAAACGAUUGAAAUAGAUAAAGCAUUAUGAUUUUCACUAACAAUAAUGAAUGGUGUAUUAUGAAUUAUCAUCUCCGGUGUAAAUUUGAUGUCAGGAAAUCUAGACAGGGCUCACAACUUAAACUAAGAAUCUUAUGAAUAAAGGAAGAAAAUAAGAAAUGUCCUCAAAUUUUAUUUAAACAAUAAAAGCAAUUGCUGUCGGACAAAAUAUGCAGAUACUUUGACACAUAGGUAUUAUUUGUACCUAAUAUAGACAAUAGGCAUAAGAUAAGCUUUUGUGACGCUAAUGAUAUAAAUUGUUAUUUUACUCUUUAUAGUCUGAGUAUUAAGUUAAAAUUCGUUACAGGAAGUGUGCAAUGCAAUCUUCUUAUGUACAUAUAGUAUUUGCUAUUUGUGUUGUUAUGAGUUAAAAGUUUUCGAUAACAACUGCCAAAAGGCUGAACAGUAAAAAGAUUUUUUUAUGCAUAGUCAAUACCGUAGCUUUGUUAGUAAGGAAAGAGUAAUAAUUAGAACUACAGCAGAGGAGUUUCAGAAAUUCAUAAUGCACCGAAUUGUCAAUUACGUAAUAUUAUUGCAAACUAUCAUGGUCAAACUUCGACCAAUCAGCUCACAGCAACGCUGCGCCAUUUUGAAUAGCUGUCAGAAAUGUCAAUACUUGCAAUAUUCUUACGUGAUGGACUGGCAAAACAGAAUGCAGUAAGUUUAAUUUUGUACAGAAUUUCGCUUCAUGAAGAGACUGUAAUUAACAGCUGUAUUGAGAUCUAUUCAGUAAAAUAUAGAUAAAUCUAUUGAAA